AUGAAGUUGGAUGAUGUUAUGAAAGAGUUGAUUCACCGCCUGGAAGAUUUGAAACUGUUAACAACGGAUGAUCAACUAUACAAGGCUGAUGAAAUAUGGAACAGACUGCUUGUAUUGCUACUGGAGUUGGACAAACAGAAUCGCAAGUCUACAUAUGCAGUGCAGCGCUUACAGAGUAUUGGAUUGGAAGAUAUCAUAACCAAGUAUUUGGAGUAUAAUCGACCCAGUUUACAGAUCAAAAUAAUGGAGUUUACUACAGUGUUUUUGAGUAUUGUAUACAGUGAUGAUGAUUUCAAAGUAUCUCAACGACUAAACAACCAACUUGCACAACUCAUGCAAUCACCAAGUCGUCAAGUCAAAAUGGCGGCAAGUCAUGAUUGA